UGAGUUACCUGUUCCUGGUGCCCUGAGAACUGGGGUCUGGGCUGGAAUCUGAGGAAAACCAGGAGGUCACAGAGUUGAGUCCUCCAUCCCAACAAGUCCACUAGCUCUUGGCAGUGAUAUCCAGGGGCUGUGCAGACACACUGGACAUCCCAGGGAGGCAAGGUGGAGCUGUGUCCCUGUCACAAGACUGAGCAGAUAUGAAAUGCCCUCUGCUCCUGCCCCUUCUCCUGCUGGGGACAGUUGCUGCUCUUCAUCUGGAGAGUGAUGACCCCCAUUUGGACAUCCGAGAGACACAGGCAGACCUGACCCAGGAUGUGGAAGGUUCAGGGGAGCAGGAGGGAGAGUUGGCCCUAACAGAGGAGGUGAUCCAGUCAGAAGGAGAGGAGGCUGAGGCUUCCACCAAUCAAGACACCUUUGAGGAUGAGCAGGCCAUGGAGUCGGACCCAGCAGCCCUAGGUGAAGACUUGCAGUGCCCCAGGGAAGAGGAAACAAUUGAAUUGCACCAUCCUGGGUGCAAGACCUGCCGCUACCGCUUGGUGCGAACUCCUAGGAGGUUUAAACAAGCUCAGAAUGUCUGCAGGAGGUGCUACCGAGGCAAUCUUGUCUCCAUACACAGCUACCACUUAAACUAUCGCCUCCAGUGCUCAGUCAGGUGUAUCAACCAAGGCCAGGUCUGGAUUGGAGGCAUCAGGAGAGGCUGGCGCUGCCGCAGGAGAUUUCGCUGGACUGAUGGGAGCCGCUGGAAUUUUAGCUACUGGGCCUCAGGGCAACCUAGAAAGGGGAGAGGCCGCUGCGUGGCUCUAUGCACCAGAGGGGGUCACUGGCGACGAGUUCCUUGCAGCAGGCGUCUGCCUUUCAUCUGCUCCUCCUAAGCCGUUGGCACGGAGACCCUGCCUUGAAGCCUCCUCACUUCACAGCAUCCUGUCAGCCCCCUGGACACUGGCCUUGUCCCCUUGUCCCUCCUCGAAAUAAAACCAGACUUCCCACAGCA